UUCCUUGUGUUAGAGUACCUUGGCAAUGGUAACCUUAAGACAUAUCUUCGUAAAAGCCGCAGUAGCAACAUCUAUGGUAAUCUGCAUGGCGGAAGUGGCAAGCUGACGUCAAAGGAUCUACUGUCUUUUGCUUUAGGUUCUGCCAGCGGAAUGGCCCACAUAGCUAAACAUAAGGUGGUUCUAUUGCAUCACACUGUAUGCAGAAUAUAUGUAUUAAAUAUUUGUCAAUUUAACUAGUGUGACAUUGGUUGCUACUGUUAACAUUUUAGUACAGUAUUCU